CGUAGCUAAUCCAAUUUCAAGCUGCAUCAACAUCAUCAUAUCAAUUGAUGUACCAGCUUAUGAAAAUCGACCGAAUUAAUAUUUAUGCCGCGUUUUCUCUGCUAUAGUCUCUUCCUCCAGUUUCGACCACGCUACCUCACGACAAUGGCUGCCACUCCAGCACUGUCGCCUUUCUCGCAAGCUGUUGUCAAUGCGAUGCGGACGAUCUACCCAGAAUCUCUAGCAGACAAAAGCUUCGAUAACACUGGAUUACUCCUCGAAUCCCCCUUCGAUGCCAAACAACAACUCAAAAAAUCCGUGCUUCUGACAACGGACCUCACCAAAGCCGUUGCCGAUGAGGCCAUUGCUCGGAGAGAUUCAAUCAUUGUAGCCUACCAUCCUAUCAUAUUCCGCGGUCUGAAGUCCCUCACACUACAAGACCCCCAGCAAAAAACCCUCCUACGCCUAGCACAAGAAGGAAUCAGUGUCUAUUCACCGCAUACCGCCGUCGACGCAGUCCCAGGCGGCAUGGCAGACUGGCUCUGCGAUAUCGUCAGCGGCGCGGUAUCCAACUUAUCAUCCGGGCCGCAAGGCCAGGAUCAAGAGCACGGAUCCUCGUCGUUACGAUAUUCCGGUAUCAUCUACCCUAAGCUUGGAAACAACGAAAUCUCAGCUACAAGCGUAAUUCCGCAUACACGAACCACCAUUCAUCCCUCCCCCGCGCCCAUCCCUGACGGCUUUGAAGGCGCUGGUGCCGGCCGCAUCGUCACAUUUGAGAUUGCGCAACCGCUAUUAGUGCUCAUCGACCUAAUUGGCACGGCCACUGGCAAUCCCGGCGCGUUAUCGAUUGCCAUUCCACAUGGUGCGAGUGUGCCAGCUUUGAGAAUUAAGACUGUUGGUGUCUGUCCAGGGUCAGGAAGCGGCGUGCUCAUGAAAGGAGCAGAGUUGCCAGAUUUGUUGUUCACGGGAGAGUUGAGCCAUCACGAAGCCCUAGCUGCGAUUGAGCGGGGCUCGGUCGUGAUUACGUUAUUUCAUUCGAAUACGGAACGCGGUUAUCUGUUUGAUGUUAUGCAGCAUAAGCUGGCAGAGGCUAUUAAACUAGAAUUGGGGGGUCAGGGUCCUACUGGUGCUGAGCCAUUGGUUGCGGUUAGUAGGGCUGAUCGUGACCCAUAUGGCUUUGUGGUUCGGAAAUAGCAUUGAAGGUAUACAAAAUUACAUAUGAGCCUGAUACGGGCUGUAGAUUUUGCUUUAGUAGAAAGU